AUGCAAUUAUUUUUUAUCUUGACAUUUAUGUAUAAGGAAAUAAUAAUUUAGAGAUUUAUUAUAUGGAAAUUCAAUCAAUCCUUCAGAAGAUAAAAGCGAAAAUAGCCAAAAAAUUGAGUAAAAUUUUCAAUCUUCAUGUAAAGAAAUAGAUUGCAAAAUUUACUCAAAAGUAAGAUUUGAUAUAUUGUAGUGUCAUUCUUGCUAGUAAGAGAAUUGCUGUUAAUAUAAUUUAGAAAAUAAUUAAUGUUCAGAAUUAGUAUAGGUACCAUUUAAUUGCUCUUAAUAAACUGUUCUAAGAACACUUAAUUAAUCUGAAUAUCCUGAUCCAUAAAUGAAUGUUACCUAUCCAAAAUGUGGUAUUGUAAAGGAAGUCCCUCUUUAUAAUGCUACAAAUUAUUUAUAUUAGAAUCAUGAUAUUUGUGGAAUUCCAAUAUAUUGUCCUAAUUAAUUAUAUUAUGUUUCUGCUGAAUCUAGGAUAAUAUUCUAAAAUAUGAAAUAAAAAGUUAGUUAAGGAGAGCUUUGUACAAUCUAUUUUUAAGGUAGAAUGGGACCAGAUUUUUUGUUUUAAAUUGGAAUAGGAAAUUUAUCAUAAGAUGUAGUCAAAGCAAACUUAAGUAUUUGUUUAAAUGUUGGUCUGUCUGAUGACUUUCCAUGUACUAAUUAAUUGAUUUAAAUGUAAAAUUAUGUUACAAUUUGAGUAAUUUAUCCAAGAGUCUAUAUUAUAGGAUAUAAGGUAAUUAAUUUAGAAUUACUUUAUAAUUCACAACAGAUGCAGAGAUAGAUUUUUCUCAGAUGUUCUAUUAAAUUAUCAGCAUUUAAAAAUUGUAAUAAAUAGUCUUUAUUAAAAAUAGAAGUUAAUAAAACUAAUAAUAAUUGUUCUAAUUUAUUAUUAUACUUUUACUAACAAUUCUUGGGAGUAUUAUAAUUAUGGCUCUGAUAAGAACAGUUUUAAUAAGAAUAUUUGGGAGAAGAUUUGUAGAAUGGUUAGAUCCAGAGCCAAUUUUCCCACGUCGUAGAAGAAAUUUUAAUGUUUAAUCAGAAUUUGAAAAAUUAAAGUCUUAGAAUCUAAUUCAUUAGAUUAAGUAAAAUGAAAUGAAAUUCGAAUAAGAUAGAUGUGCAUAUUGUUUAGAAUCAUUUUAAACAGGAAUUAUAAUUGAAAUCUUUUGUGGACAUUGCUUUCAUUAACAUUGUAUUCAAAAUCAUAUGCAAAUCCAAAAAAAUGUAGGAAGAUGUUCUAUUUGUUUAAUUGAUAUCAAUUCUAUGAGUUUAAUAGAUAUGAAUAAUACUCUGUAGUAAUAGUCAAUUUAAGAAUCGAUUACAAAUCAAAGUCAGCAAUUAUAAGAAAAUUAAAGCAUGAUUAAUAAUAAUUUAUAGUGA